CUCGAUUCAAAAUUUAUAGGGACCAAAAUAACAGACUUUCAAAAGUUUGGGAAAUAAGGUGCAAUUUUUCCCUUGAAGUCGGCGACGACACCUGCCCCAAGCCGACUCCCGCUCCCGCUCCCGCUCCCGCCUCCUUCACCUCCCAAAUCCAUCCCCUCAAACCUUUCUAGGGUUUUCGCCAUUAGAGAGCUUGCUGAAGCUCUCUAUGGUUUCGCCGCUGCUCCAUUGGUGGAACCCUAACCCACCACCGCCAUGGAGAAGCUCGGCGACGACGAGCUCUCCUCGAUUCUGAGCCGUAUCUCCGAUUCCCGCGAUCGAAAGAGUUGCUCGGAGGUGUGUAGAGCGUGGGCGAGAGCGGAGGGCCUCUCCCGCGUCUCCCUCCGCGCCCUCGACCCCUCGUCCCUCCCUCAACUCCUCCCCCGAUUCCCCAAUCUCGCCUCCUUCGAGGCCACCCGAUCGAUCUCUGACACCCACCUUGAAACCCUAGCUCGCGCGUGCCCCGCCCUCGAAACCCUAAAUCUCAGCCUCCGCCGAAGCCGAUUCACCAUGCCCGAAGAGCUCGAUCAAGGCGACGACGACGUCGACGUCGACGGUGACGACGAUUUCGGCGAUCAUGGAUUGCGCGCCGUCGCAAUCGGGUGCCCGCGGUUGAGGAAAGUGUACUUGCGGAGAAGAAGAGGGAUCGGCGACGCCGGUGUCGCAGCUCUUGUUCGUUAUGCUACGAAUCUAUCAGUGCUCGAUCUAUCAUGGUGUAGUAGAAUCGCUGAUGAGGCCGUCGAAGCGAUCGCUUCGAUGAGCUCGUUAAUGGCGUUGAUCCUCCAUGGAUGCUCCUUGGUGACCGAUUUGGGUCUGGCUCACUUGGCAAAUGGUACAGCAUCACAAACCCUAGGGAGGCUCGAUCUGUCGGAAUGCGAUCGGAUAUCCGACAACGGCGUUUGUUUAUUGCCGAAACUGGAAAAUCUGCAGGAACUGGACUUAGCAGAAUGUGGCCCCAAAGUUACUGAUUUUGGAGGUUUUGCUAUUGCCUCCAUUUAUAACCUAAAAAGAUUGAAUCUUUCAUGGCUGAUCAACUUAUCGGACGCGACGAUCAUCAGUUUGGCUCCGAAUUGUGUGAAUCUGGUGGAGAUUGAUCUUACGGGUUGUGAGUUGAUUACUGGGUCGGGCGUUCAGGCCUUUGCUGGCCAUGGGUCGGUGGAGAUCCUCGUGUUGGCCUCUUGCUUUAAUGUUUCACUAGAUGAUAUAGUGCAUGUUGUUUUCGGGUGCCCGACUUUGAGAUACGUGGGCUUGGAUAAGUCGUUGAGAGGGUGGAUGUCGUCUUCGGCGCGGGAGCAAGUCGCCAAAUUGUGCAAGAUAGAUUGGCUUUGAGAUGGUUGAUCCGAUGGAUUGUAAAAGAUGCUGAGGUGUUCUUGAACUACGAGCCUCUCUGACUCUUACAUUGUGGUGCAUGGGGCUUGCUUUUAUGCUCAAAUGAUAGAGACUCUGAGAAUGCUGAGAAGAAUCCUUAUGAAAGGAUUAAAAUAUUUAGCAAGGAUAACUCAGUAAUAAUUUUUAGAGAUCAAUUGUUGAAUUUUCUUUCCUCCAGUUUUUUUUUGUGGUAUUCUCUUUUCCUAGUCAUAGCUCUUUCGCAGAGACAUUCGACAUUACUGAUCUCGAUUAUUCGAGACAAAAAUUUAUUAUAAUUCCGUUGCCGGGACUUGAACCCGGGUCUCUCGGGUGAGAGCCGAGUAUCCUAACCAACUAGACUACAACGGAUU